AAACCAAGAGACAUGACAGAGGACCCAGGGACUGUGGCUGCUACAACAUCGGACUACAGUGAAUACUAUGACCUAAAUGACAAUGAGACGUCAUCACCAUGCAACAAUGGUAACAUAAAGGCCUUCAGCGAGGUUUUCCUUCCCACCCUGUACAGCAUCGUUUUCAUUCUUGGCUUCAUCGGAAAUGGCCUGGUAGUGUGGGUCCUGAUCAGAUACCGUCAAAAAUCCAACAUGACAGAUGUGUGCCUCUUCAACCUAGCUCUGUCUGACCUACUCUUUCUUGUGUCACUCCCUUUUUGGGCUCACAGUGCCAUGGACGAGUGGAUUUUUGGCAAAUUUAUGUGUCAUAUCAUAGCAGGUCUCUUCAUGUUGGGCCUGUACGGUAGCAUCUUCUUCAUGGUCCUUAUGACACUGGAUCGCUACAUUGUCAUCGUCCAUGCCCAUAGCAUUUUUUCCAGAAAUCGGUCUGCAAAAAUGGGUUUGGUUCUGGCCUCAUUUGUAUGGAUUCUCAGUCUGUUUGCAUCCCUCCCUAAUAUAAUUUUUGCCAAAGAGAAAACGGAUAGCACCAAAACAUCCUGCAGAUCUGAUUUUCCUGAAGGUACAGCCUGGAAGUCAUUUACUUACCUUAAGAUGAACUUCCUGAGCUUGAUUUUCCCUAUGAUUAUUAUGGGCUUUUGCUAUUCCCAGAUCAUCCCUACUCUGCUCAGCAUAAAAUCCCAAAAAAGGCACAAAGUCAUUAGACUCAUCCUGGCUGUGGUGGCAGUUUAUUUCCUUUUCUGGACUCCAUACAACAUUGUCAUGUUUCUUAUGUUCCUGCAGAGCAAAGGCCACUUGUUUUCUUGUGAGUGGCAAACUAGUUUAAACUUUGCCAUGCAAUGGGUGGAAACAAUCGCCUUAAGCCACUGUUGCCUCAACCCUAUCAUCUAUGCCUUUGCCGGACAGAAGUUCAGAGGAGCAGUUCUUAAAGUCCUAAAAGAGCAGUUUCCAUUGUGCUUCAGCCAGUGCACCACUCUGUCUCGACAGUUAUCUGAACGCAGAAGUUCAGUCUUCAGCAAAUCUUCUGAAUAUUCCUCCACGCAGAUUGCAUAGAGCAAACGUUUUCCCUCAUAGCUAUUUUCAUUCGGAGUAGCUUUCUUCUUUUUUUUUUUUUUACUAAACCCAAAGUUCCCCUUUUUAAUGAAUGUAUAUUGCGUUCUUGAAAGUUGUCUUUGUUCUGUUUUUGUUUUUUUUUUACAAUUUUGAUAACUAUAAUGACAUUAUGUUAAGUAGCAGAAUGCAGAAGUUGAAGCUGUUGCAAAUGUGCUCCUCUUUGUGCAUGUAUAUUGCUCACAUUUUAGAUAUGCAAAUCGUAGCCUUGGAAUUAUAAAGUUCUAUCUGACUUUUUUGUCAAAAUGAAGUUAUUCACAAAUUCUUAUUCUGUGACAAUUUAUUUACAUUAUGUGAUGUUUCUUUUGUAAGCCGUGUACAUUUUGGGCCUUUUUUUUAGAAAACAAAAAGGGUUCUAUCUACAGAAGUCUAUGGAAUGCAAAAACUUUGAAGCUUUGAAACUUUGAAUUGCUCAGAAUGCAGAUAGAACCUUAUAAUUCCAAGGCGACGAAAUGAUACAGAUAAUUUAGAAAUGAAUUUCCUCAGGAAUUUUAAAUAAACUCACUUUUAGUUUUGCAUCACUUUUAGUCAGUUUUUGCAUCAGGGUUUUUGCAUGACUUGUGAUCUUUCUUAAAGAAAUGCAUUUAGCCUAUAUUUUGAAUGUUGCUUUUAAGAUUUUUAAUGUUAAGCGUCAUUUAAUAAAAU